AUGGCUUUGACGGUUUUUUUAUUUAAAGUUGCUAAACUUGAAAUAGGAAACACGAAAUCCGAUGUAUUCGAUGAAAAUCAAGAACAAUCAACACCAUUAAUUAAUGAUGACAAUACUCAAUUACUUUGUGCUAAAGUUAUAUUUCGAGAAAGUCAUCUUUGGUCAAACAAUGUUCCGAUAUAUAAUGGAACAGCAAGUUUUAUUGCACGUGGAAAUAAACCAAAAAAAUUUGAAUUUAAUUUAGCAACAAUGUUAUUACCGAAUGAUAAAAUGCGUAUUGAAUUUUAUACAACAACUAUGAAAAACAAACGUAAAAAAAUGAUUGCACUUUUUGAAUUAAUGCUUCAAUCAUUAAUUGAUUCAAAAUAUAUUGAUUUACCCGAAGAAAAUUUAUCCGAUCCAAAUAAUUAUUUAUUAAAAUCAACUAUACAACUUAAACUUUAUUAUACAUCACCAAAUAUUGAAAGAGAAAAGGUCGCAUUAAGUCAAGUUAAUGAUCUAACUAACACAAUUGAUUGGAAGAGUACAUUUGAUGAUGAAGGUCGACAGAAUGGUCAUCGACAUCGAUAUACUCAUAAAAAACAUCGUAAGGGACUUAAAAAAUUACGUAUGAAACUCGUCGGUCGUGCAAAUGAUACAGAUUCCGAUUCAUAUAGUGAUGUCGACCUUGACGACAAUAAGAAUCCUCAUGAAACAUUUGCAUCCAUGACUGAAGAAGAAAAAUUAAAAGUUCAAUAUAAUAAUCUUGAAUUACUCGAAAAAAGUUUGGGACGAUAUGAAGGUGAUGCAUAUCAAAUGACACAAUGGCAAAUUAUGGUUAAUAUUAUACAAGGACGAGAUUUUCCUGGACAUGAUAUUAAUCCAUAUGUAUGUGCUCAAAUUGCUGAUCAAAAACGAUAUACAGGAAUGCAAAAAUGUACUAAUUCACCAUUUUUUGGAGAAUUCUUUACAUUUGAUUUUUCACUUUCGGCGACACAAAUGAUGCAAACAGUGAUUUAUUUCAAAGUUCAUCAUGCACAAAAAUUAAUUAGUACAUUUAUCGAUACAAAACCAAUUGGUAUAUUUAAGGUUGAUGUAGCAACUGUUUAUAAUGAAAAAGAACAUGUAUUUGAACGAAAAUGGGCUCAAUUAACGCAUCCAGAUUCUAUUAAAGCACCUUGUGGUUAUUUACUUGUUUCAGUUGCAAUUGCACAACGUGGUGUUUCAACAAAAAAUAUUCUUGGUGAAACAACACAAGAUGAUGAUGAAUUAAAACCAUCAAAAGAAUUUAUACCAGCUGCUAUGCCUCGACAUCUUUUUCCAGUUCAAUUAAAAAUCACAUUUUUUACAGCAACUGAAUUACCUGAAAUGAUGACAGAUUUUUUAGCAACUGUUUCAAAAAAAAUUCUUGCUUCUGAUGAUUGGGAACCAGUUGAUCCAUAUGUUGAAGUAUCAUAUAAUGCAAUAAAAGCAACAACAGAUUAUCGUAAUGGUACAUCACCUGUUUGGGGUGAAGCACUUUAUUUAAUUGGACAAUUUCCACCACUUGUACGAACAAUAAAAAUAGCACUUAAAGAUCAUGCUGCUGUUCAAAAAGAUCGUACAAUAGCAUCAUUUUUAAUCGAUCUGUUUUCCAUAAGUGAAAGUAAUCCAUUAGCUGGUUUUUUACCAAUAUUUGGUCCAACAUGGGUCUUUUUAUAUGGAAGUCCAAGAGAAUAUACUAUUAAUAAAGAUCAAGAUGAUCUUGGAGAACGAAUAGGUGAAGGCAUUUGUUAUAAAGGACGUUUACUUAUGGAAAUUGAAUGUCAUCCAAUAAGUGGUGAACAUACAUCGAAUAUGAAUGUACAAAAAGAAAGUGGAAUUCAAUUUCCUGACGUCCAUAUAUUUCCAAUGAAACGUACAUUUAUAUUAUUCGGUGGUAUUUUUGAUGUAACAAUGAUUGAUAAGGCAUUUGGUAAUACAGCAAUAUGUUUUGAAUUAAGCAUGGGUUCAAGUGGAUAUUUAAAUCCACAGCAAUUAACUACUCAUCAAUCUGUUUCAUCAGUAACACGACCUUAUCCGCGUAGUCCAAUUGAUAAUAAUGCACAACAUUUUCGUUUACCUAUUGAUUUACAAAAACCAAUAUUGUUUACAAAAUAUAUAUUUCAUGAUUAUCGUUAUCGUAUGAAUUUAUCAAACCGACUGAAACAUGCAUCUGAACAUAUGUUAAAAUUAAUUCGAGAAUUUGAAUCUAAUGUUAAUUCAAAGGUAUCAAAUGAUAUUUUACUACAACAAUAUCGAAAAAUGGAAGAAUAUAUUCAUACAUUACCAUGUGGAUGUAGUCAAAUGAAAUCAACUGAUAAUAAUCUUGAUAUAAUGGGUCUAGUUCAUGCGACUCUAUCGGAAACAUUAAAUUUUCCAAAAACAAAUCUUCGCAUGAAUAUAUUAGAUGAAAAACGACGAAAAAAAAUUUUACAUAAUUUAGAAUCAUUAAAAAUUUGGAUUUCGAAAGAAGUUGAUUUUGAUGAAUCAAAACUAUAUGAAACAGUUAAAGAAUUAUAUAAAAUAGCUCGAGCACUUCGACAAUUGGCUAUUGAUGCUCAACCAUCAUUACCUGAUAUAUUUUUAUGGAUGAUAUGUGAUUCAAAACGAGUAGCUUAUGCACGUAUUCCACCGGAAGAUAUUCUUUUUAGUCUAUGUGAAGGUGAUAAAGGUUUACAUAAUGGUCGAAUACAAACACUUUUUCUUCAAACUCCACGUACAACAGAUAAACCAAUAAAAUCAUCAACAAAUGCUAAAAUACAAAUAUAUCUUUGGCUUGGUACUGAAGAACAAGAAAUAAAUAUAUUUAAACAAUUACCUGCUGGAUUUGAUAUGCCACCAUUACCAUUACCUGUUGAUAUCAAAUAUAUACGAUAUAAUAAAAGAUCGUUUUAUGAAUUACGAUGUCAUUGUUAUAAAGCAAGAUCAUUAAUUGCUUCAGAUGAAACAGGUUUCUCUGAUCCUUAUUUAAGUAUUACUGCUGGGAAUGAAACACAAACAACACCUAUUCUCAAAGAAUCAUUAUGUCCACAAUGGAAUAUAACAUUGGUUUUUCGAAAUUUGAUACAUGUUGGAAAUCGAGAAACAGCCGAAGAAACCAUUGGAAAUGUUGUUGUUGAAUGUUAUGAUUAUGAUGAUACUAGUGAUGGGCCUGACUUAAUAGGUCGUUUUUCAACAACAGCUACACUUGAUCUAUUUAAUAAUAAGAAUCCAUAUAACAAACAAUUAUUUCAAUGGUAUGAAUUUAAGUUUGGUGAUAAAAGAGCCGGCGAACUUCUAGCUGUAUUCGAACUUAACGAAAUUGAUCCGGAAAGUCGACAAACUAAAUCAAUAUUUAAUCUUGACGAAAUUGAAAUAACAGCAGAAAAUUUUCCACCUAAUAUAUAUAUAACAAAAUUUAUGAAAAAUAAAAUUUAUGAGAUUCCACAUAUAAUUAUGCCUGAUUUAAAACCUUAUGAAAUAGAAGUUAUGUUUUGGGGUUUACGUGAAUGUCGUCCAAUUAAUUUUCAAUCAAUUCAACAAGCUGAAGUAUCUAUUGAAUGUGCUGGUGCACGUAUAACUAAAAUCAUAAAAGAUGUACAAAAAAAUCCAAAUUUUGAAUCAGCACUUACAGAUACAGACAAAUACAAAAUAAUUGUUAAUUUACCAAAAGAUAAUAGUUUUUGGCCACAUUUAAGUAUUAGUUGUGUACAACAUCGACUUUUUGGAAUGAAAGAGCCUGUAGGUAAUCUAGUCGUAACUGAUUUGCAAAAAUAUCUUGAAAAACCACGUGUUCCUUUAACAUCAAAUGAUGAGGCACUAGCUGAAGCAGUUAAUGAACUUUCGAAAAGACUUCCAUAUGAUUUUAAUCGUGUUCGACGAUCGGUUAUUGAUGCUUACGAAGCCGUGUUAGCUAGUCAAGAUAAGGAAGUAGGACAGCGAAAAUUAACAAUAUUCGAAAGUGAAACAUGUCAAACAGAAAGUCUUAAUGGUAGUCAAAUAACAAUAAUUAAUGCUGAUUCAUUGGCAUUAGAACAUGAGAAUGAAAAUAAUGAUAUAUCAGAAAAUACAACAAAAACUUCAAACAAUUCUAGUAUUCAAUCGAAAUCAACUAUUGAUAAUUAUCGAGAUUUAACAGCGGCAGAUAAAUUAAAACGAAAUCAAAUGGAAAAAGUAGCUACUUGGUGGAAUAAAUAUUAUGCAUCAAAAGCUAAACUUAGAUUGGAAAAAAAACCAAUAAUUGAUUUAGAUGAAGGACUUGAAGAUAGUUAUAAUGUUUAUGCUGAGUUUUUUGAAGAUGAACCCAUUGGUGUUAAACAACGUUGGGCAUUUUGGAAUAAAGCUAAAAAAGCCAUUAUGCGUGCUGGAAAAGCUCGUAAAGAAUUGAAAAAUUUAGCUUUUCAUGGAAUCGAACAUCUUACAGAUUAUACAAAAAUAAAAAAAUCAGCUAUUGAUGAAAGUUUAGAUAUUAUUGAAAAUGAUCGUCUUAAAGAAUUAACAUUAUUACAAACAUUUGAUAUUAUUGACACAGAAUUAGAAAAUGUUCACGAUUAUGAAGGAUUUAAUGAUUGUCUUGAUCUAUUUCCUUUAUAUAAAGGAAAAGGUACAAGUCGUUCAGACGAAAAGGGAGAUGAAAGUCGUGUUUAUGCUAAAUUCAAAGGAAAACUUCGUAUUCGUGAAAUAACAUCAAAUGGACCACAUCGUAUAACAUUAGCAAAUAUAAAUAAAAUUCCUCGAAUGUCUAUUCAUCCAGUUUUACUCAAAGAGGCUUAUGUUGAAUCGAAGAAAAAUCGUAAAACUGAUUCAGGCAUUCGAACAGAUCAACAAAUGCUUCAAUUUGAUUUUAAUCAACAUCCAAUUACACUUAAAUGUCGAUUGUAUAUUAUUAAAGCAUUAUUAUAUCGUGCUCGGGAUGCAUCAGGUAAAGCUGAUCCAUAUAUUAAAAUUUUAUUAGGCAAUGAAGUUAUUAUCGAUGAUGUUAAUGGAAGACUUUGUAAUACAUUAGAACCUGUUUUUGGGAGAUCUUAUGAAUUCGAAGUAACAAUUCCUCAACAAUCAUUAUUACAUAUUCAACUUUGGGAUUGGGAUUUAACAAGUUUAAAUGAUAAAAUAGGUGAAACAAGUAUUGAUAUUGAAAAUCGUUGGUUCUCAUGUCAUAGAGCAACAUGUGCUUUACAAAAUAGAUAUGACAGUGCUGGUUAUAAUGCUUGGCGUGAUACAAAAAAACCUACUAUUAUUUUAAAUGAAUUAUGUCGAACAACAAAUAUAAAUUUACCAAUUUAUACAUCAGACUUUCGUUCAUUAACUAUUGAUAAAAUACGUUUUGAUUGUGAUUCUGAAUGUAUUGAAUCUGUAUCGAAAGGAAUAGCAAAUGAUAUGUCACAUCGAAAAGUUCAUCAUGAAUCACCAGAAGAAUAUAUUCGACAAAAUACUGCAUUAGCUGCACUUCAUGGAUGGGGAAGAAAAAUAAAUCCAAAAGGUGCUUUAGUAUCUGAACAUAUUGAAUGUCGAUCUAUUUUUGAUCCAAAAAUUCCUGAUGUUGAACAAGGCAAAUUAGAAAUGUGGUUAGACAUAUUUCCAAUGUCUCGUCCACCAUCAAGUGCACCAGUUGAUAUAACACCACUAAAACCAAUCCCUUAUCAAUUACGUUUAACUAUUUGGAAUACAACAGAUAUUGAAUUAAAUGAUGAAAAUUUCAUAACAGGAGAAAAAACAUCAGAUAUUUAUGUAAAAGCAUGGAUUUUAGGAGAAAAAGAUGAUGGACAACAAACUGAUGUUCAUUAUCGAUCAUUAACAGGCGAAGGCAACUUUAAUUGGCGAUUUAUAUUUGAUUUUAAUUAUAUUGAUAUUGAAGAAAAAAUAGUUCAUGAAAAAAAAGAUUCAGUUUUUCAAAUAGGAAAUAGUGUAAAAAAACUUCCACCACGAAUUGUAAUUCGUGUUUAUGAUGCUGAUCUUUUUGCAGCUGAUGAUUUUCUUGGUGAAUGUAUUCUUCUUAUGACACAUUUACCAAUAGGUUCUAAAUCAUCAAACAAUUGUAAAGCUGAUAUUCUACUUGAUCCAAAACAUCGAUCAUUAAAUUUAUUUGUAAAUAAACGUAUUGCUGGUUGGUGGCCAUUGAUUGCUCCAUCAAAAGUUGGAGAAAUUCGUGACACAAUUCUAUUAGGUGGUAAAGUUGAAGCUGAAUUUACUCUUCUUACAGCUGAAGAAGCUGAAAAAAAUCCUGUUGGAGAAGGACGUGAAGGACCACAACCACUUGAGGAACCAAAUCGUCCAAAAACUUCAUUUCAAUGGUUUACAUCUCCAUGGAAAACAUUUCGAUAUGUUGUUUGGCGUAAUUUUAAAUGGUCAAUUAUUAUUGGUAUAAUUAUAUUUAUUUUUGUUGUUUGUCUUUUACUUGCAUUAUGGUCACUACCAGGAGAAUUAGUUGGACAACUAACAAGCAAAGUUUUUAAAACAAAUACCGGCAAAAAAUAA